GUGCCUGUUCCUCAGAGAUCGAUGGUGCUGGGAGAGUUCAGUCCAGAGUUCUGUUCUGGAGACUGCUGGAGAGGCCAGACAGCACGCGGCUCUUAUCCUUGAGCAUUUUGGCAGGCUCAGCUGGGAGGAAAAUGCACUUUGCACCUCCUGCUACCUGCUGGCUGACAGCCCUGCGGUGCGACCCCAGGCUGAGAAUGGGUGCCCUCCCUCUCUUUCUCCUCUGCCUGCCAGCAGCCCUCCUUGCUCAGGGCCAGUAUGACAUUGAGGAUCCCACUUACCAUGAUACGCCGUAUGUCCCGUAUGAAAUCGAAAAUCAAGACUACUAUGACUAUGCUGGCAAUGACAUCUCCCCACAGACCCCAGAAGAGCAGUAUCAGUAUCAGUCACAGCAGCAGAACCAGCAAGAGGUCAUCCCGGCCCCAACCCCAGACCUGCCAGAGACUGAGCCCACCGAACCUGGUCCUCUAGACUGCCAGGAGGAGCAGUACCCCUGCACCCGCCUAUACUCAGUCCACAAACCCUGCAAGCAGUGCCUGAAUGAGAUCUGCUUUUACAGCCUCCGCCGGGUUUACGUGAUCAAUAAGGAAAUCUGUGUCCGCACCGUCUGUGCUCAGGAGGAGCUCCUCAGAGCUGACCUUUGCCGGGACAAGUUCUCCAAGUGCGGCGUCAUGGCGACCAGUGGCCUCUGCCAGACCGUGGCCAUCUCUUGUGCCAGAAGCUGUGGUGGCUGCUAAGCUGGGACGGUGGAUGUGGAAGCAGCAGCAGCAGCAGCAGGAGGAGGAGGGGCCCCCCUUUGCACCCCAGAGGCUGUGGAGGCUGCUCUGUCUGCAGCCACGGAAGGAACCAAAGAAGCCUCAUCGGAACACCAGGGCUUGGUCCCUGCACUCCCUCCCCCUCCCCUUGGUGCUAUGGGAUCAUGGCACAACACACAGGGCCACUGUGUGUUCAUUAAUAGCCUAGUGUGUUUCUUUUUAAUGUGUGUGUGCAUAUUCGUGUGUGUAAUGUUUUGUAUUCUUGGGGUCUUUUCUGGAAGAGCUGCUGGGGAAGGGAGCAAUCAAGGAAAAACUACACUCCCCCCCUUCCCUGGAACAUCGUUAGGGAACCUCAAAGGACUGCUGCCUUGCCAAACUCCCUCCCUCCCUCCCUCCCCCCCCCGACACACAGGUUGCUCCUGCAGUUUCGCAGUUCUGGGGGCCACACAAACAGAGGAACAGCCAGGACUCAAAACCCCUGUCAAACCACAGAUUGCAUUUAACCCCAACCAGCGAGUUGACACUCCGGAGGAUGCUGGUUCUUUUCUCCAUCUGUAAUUGUGACUCUCCAUUUUCUAUGGGGGAAAAACCCUCUCCCCACCCCUUCCUACAAAAUGUUUUACAACAAUAAACCAAAAGUGUUACAA